AUGUCAAGAUCAAAACGUCAAUUAAAUAUUAACAAUUUUCUAAAUGAUGACAUGUUGAGAAUAAUUCUGUCAUUUCUAACAAGUAAUGAUUUGCUUAGACUAAAUUUGGUAUCCAAAUCAGCAAGAAUUUGUCAACUCUGCCAUGAAGAUUUUUAUUGGAAACCAAUUUAUUAUCAAACUAUACAGAAUUAUAUCGAUUCGAGCAAAGAAUCGGAUUCGUAUGAUGUAUUUGAAGAGAAAUUCGAAUAUUUGGAAAGUGUUUGUGAAAAUUAUCGAGAAAAUUUAUUGAAAUUUCUUGAAACUUUUAUGAAACAAGCUCAACAAGAAGAAAAUGACUUGAUUUCGUAUGUGGAUGAAUUGAAAUCAGACCAUUCGAAAGAGAAUUUCUACAUUGAAAAGGGAGAAAUUGAGAAAUAUCAACCAAUUCUCUCAAAUCCAUCCAAAAUAUUCAAAAUUAUUGGAGUUGGAGAUGAUCAAGUGGGUAAAACAAGUUUUUUCAUUACAAUUUCAAGUGGAAUAUUUCCGAGUGAAUAUAUUCCACAAGUAUUUGAUAAUUAUUCAUAUUCAAUUCCUAGAAAUCAGUACUCAAUUGGAUAUUGGGAUACGUCAAAUGUUGGUGAUUACGAAAAAAUUAGACAUUUGGUUUAUCCAGAAACUGAUUUGGUUAUUGUGUUUUUCAGUUGUAUUUCUGUGAAAUCUUUUAAAAGUAUUGCAACCCAGUGGAUUCCUGAAGUGAGAAAGAACAUUAAGAAUCCCAAUAUUGUCUUGAUGAAAACUAAAUCCGAUGCUGAAACUAAUCCCUCCCUAAGAAGAUCAACACUUCUCAAUACCAAAACAAAACCAAUUUCAUUUGAAUUGGGUGAAAAAUUAGCAAAGAAACUUGGAUGUUAUACAUAUUUGGAAGUUAGUGCAAAGGAAAAUGAAGGUUUAGCUGAUUUUCCACAAUUUUUAAUUAAAACUGAAACAUCCAGACAGGACAAACACUUUCUAAAGAGUCAAAAAAAGUGCCUACUCAUGUAA